AUGCAUUUACGACAUAAGUUACCUUGGGAUGAUUUAGUGUUUUGUUUACGAAUCGAUCCGUCUACUAUUAAUUUACCGAUUGGAGAAUGUGGAAGGAUUCACAUGAUUGAUAAAGCAACUAAAAUUAAAGUCAAAAAUAGGAAUUACAUUUCAAAUGAAGAUAUAUGUACUGCUCAGGACUGCAAAAAAGUGGAAUCAUACAAAAGUUUCUCAAAGAAUAAAGUUUCACAUCCGAUAAUUACAACAAGUGGAUUCAGAACACCACGCAACGAAGACGUUGAACGAAAACUGAAAUAUUUUAACGAAAAGUUCUACGAAGCAAUACUUGAAUUCGUCGAGACUGAAGAGAAAAAGUAUUCAGAGGAGAAUAUUCGAAAUUUUCGUCCCAGAGAAUCUUUCCAAGGUAUUCCAACUGAUUGUGAAGAAAGUGAUUGGAAUUAUUUAAAAAAUAGUUUCUAUAAUAAUAAUAAUGAUUUCAUGGUAUUCUACUUAUAUUCAAACUAUCGUAUUGAUCAUCUUUUAUGGCUUGAACAGAAAGGCGAAUUGAAUAUUUCAGAAGCGCUUAGCAAAACUUACGGAGGACAAGCAGUUGGAAAUGGUUACAAUUUUCUCGUUAUUUACCAUCUUCUUCCAUUUUAUUUACUAACAAAUGCCAUAAUUGCUUGUGGAUAUGAAUCAGACUACAAGAAAUGGGGGAGACUUGAUCCAGACUGUCAUUUCCUGCAACGACUGAUGUACGAUUGCGAUUUUUUGACUUUCAUCCCUUCUUUAAGGCCGUUUCUACAUAAAGAUGUUUUUAUAAAAGAUGCUACCAAAACUAAUGAAUUGCUAAAGAUUAUAUUUAGGAACAUUUAUUUGUUUGUUUUCCUUAAAAGAAAGUUCUGCUCAUACGACGAUGAAGCAUUUCGUAAUGACUUCAAAGCAAGUCGUUGGUUCAGUUUUAAAUAA